AUGGAAGUUGACAUAAAGACGGGUGCCAGCCAGCUUCGGCGUGGCACAGACCUCCACGCUCCGUACAAGCAGACUCCCCUCGCCCGCGCUGAUAAAUGCUUGAAGAAAAUCUCCAGCGGGCUUUACGCAUUUCAGACAUACCUUGAAUACGUACGGGACACUUUCACCAGCGAAAAGCAGAACGUCGAAUCGCUGUGCUACGCUACCGAGCACCUGGCACGUACCCUGAGGCAGAUGGUGAUAAACCCCGACGAAGUCGUCAUCCCAGACUCAGCUACCCAGGAAUCCCUCCGCGCAAAGCUGAGGUCCGAUAAGGCCUGGAUAGAGAAAAUCACCACCCACCUCAUCCUCCGAGGCUUUACUUCAUUUAUGGAGAAAACCGUGAGGGCUGUUCGCUAUUUGAAAAACACCAGGAGUUUCAGUGUCUGAAUGUUUUAAUUCAGGCACAAUCCU